GAGCACUUCCCGCCCGCUGCGAGGAGAGGGCCUCCGGGAUUCCUAGAGAGGACUCGGAAGUACUCUCGGGGGUGGGGUUUAUGGCUCUACACCGUUGGUCAGGGACAGCUUGGACUUGCUUACUUCCGGCGAGGAAGUGUUGGGAAGUGUCGGGUUCGGCUUUCUCUUCGUUUGUGAGAAGAAACCCGUCUUCCCAGCCUUGGCCGCAGGAGCCUGGUCUUCCAGCAGAGCUCCCCGGGACUGGGGCCUUGAGGACAGGCCUCUGUGUCCAGACCAUGGUCCUGUCCCUAACCUUGACCGGGCCGGUUUCCGUGGCUCGGGGUCAGGGGCGAUUGUGAGGAAUCCAGGUGCAAAAUCGGUACUUAAAACCCUGGUUCUCUUCGGGACCCAUGAAGUCUCCCGUUGGCCUGUCAAGCUCUUGUGGCUUGAGAAGGACAGGGCCAGUUUUGACCGUUGUACUGUUUUUGACCUCUGUUCUGACUUAAGUUGGCUUGUGGUAGAGAAGGAGCGGCUGCGUCUGGACUAGUUAUAGGUUGCAAGCUAAUGAACGUGUCCUUCAGAAGAUCUCAAGGAGCAGAGAACAAAGUUGAUCCGUGCCCCCCGGCUUACCUGGAGAGCUCUGCCUCUGAGUUGGAAUGAUAAUGACAGAAUCUGGGGAAGUUAUAGACUUAGACCUUCCAGCUGAGACGUCACAGGAGCAGGAGGACCUUCUCAUAGUGAAGGUGGAGGAAGAAGACUGCACCUGGAUGCAGGAGUACAACCCACCAGCGUUUGAGACUUUUUACCAGCGCUUCAAGCACUUCCAGUACCACGAGGCCUCAGGCCCCCGCGAGGCCCUCAGCCAGCUCCGGGUGCUCUGCUGUGAAUGGCUGAGGCCUGAGCUGCACACCAAGGAGCAGAUCCUGGAGCUGUUGGUGCUGGAGCAGUUCCUGACCAUCCUGCCGGAAGAGUUCCAGACCUGGGUGAGAGAGCAUCACCCAGAAAGUGGAGAAGAGGCUGUGGCCGUGGUGGAAAGUAUACAGAGAGAACUAGAGGAACGAAGACAACAGGUCCACUGUGGAGAUUUCCUGCCACUCCAGCAAAGAGAAGCAGUAUCCAGUGUGUUAACCUGGAGAAGACAAGCUGCGAUUUUAUUUAUGUUUUAAAUUACUGGUUUAUUUUUUGAAUGACAUGGUAGAAAAUUCAAAAGGCCCAUAAGAUUGUAAUGAAAAAUCGUGGCGUGUCCGGAAGGGCUUCCGCAGAAGAGAGUGCUGCCCGGGGCCGAGCCCGAGUCCUUCAGUCACCAGCUCCUGUCUGUGGAGCCGCAGCCCGAACAGGAGCCGCAGAAGCCUCAUCUUCUGGAGGAACAAGCCCUUCCUGCUCUCCAAGUUCCCUCCCUCCCCUUGAAGGACAGCCAGGAGCUGACAGCCUCCCUUCUCUCAGCUGGGUCCCAGAAGUUGGUGAAAAUUGAAGAUGUGGCUGAUGUGGCUGUAUCCUUCAUCUUGGAGGAGUGGGGACAUUUGGACCCGUCCCAGAAGUCCCUCUGUAGGGAUGACAGGAAGGAGAAUUAUGGGAGUAUUCCUUCCAUGGAUUACGAAUCCCGGAAUGACAACGUGGAACUCAGAGUCAAGCAGGUUUCUGAUGAAGCCGAAGCGCCCUGGAUGACCUCAGGAAGCCCUGGCAGCACUGCUGCCCCGAGUCAGGGGUUUGCAGAAGUGAGCGAGCUUCAGGGCGUGGUAGAAAGGUGGCAGGUGAGCCCCGCCGGGGGGAAAUCAAGGCAGAACCCUUCCCAGAAGAGAGAGCCCGUCCCCGACGGGAACCGGAAGCCCAACACCAGUGGCGAGAGAGGUCACCGGUGUAACGACUGCGGCAAGUUUUUCCUUCAAGCCUCGAACUUCAUCCAGCACCGGCGCAUCCACACGGGGGAGAAGCCGUUUAAGUGUGGGGAGUGCGGGAAGAGCUACAACCAGCGCGUGCACCUCACCCAGCACCAGCGCGUCCACACGGGCGAGAAGCCCUACAAGUGCCAGGUGUGCGGGAAGGCCUUCCGCGUCAGCUCGCACCUGGUCCAGCAUCACAGCGUGCACAGCAGGGAGAGGCCCUACGGCUGCCCCGAGUGCGGCAAGAGCUUCGGGCGCCACUCCCACCUGAUCGAGCACCUCAAGCGCCACUUCCGCGAGAAGCCCCAAAGAUGCAGCGAUAAAAGAAGUAAGACUACAAAAUUGAAUGUCAAGAAGAGAAUUUCGGAGUUUUCGGAAGCAGAAGGCAGAAUCCAAAGGAGCAUUUCUCAAGGUCAAGAUUUCGGAGACGGCCGUGAACACCAGGGCACGUUGGAGCGAAAGCAGGGCAUCCCCAGGAAGGAGCUGCUAGGACAGCCCUCUUCAAAGAGGAUGAAUUUCAGUGACGUCGCCUACGUCCACAAAAAGUCCUCCACCGGAGAGAGACCACACAAAUGUAACGAAUGUGGGAAAAGCUUUAUUCAGAGCGCACAUCUUAUUCAGCAUCAGCGGAUACACACUGGGGAGAAACCGUUUCGGUGUGACGAGUGUGGGAAAAGCUACAAUCAACGGGUGCACCUAACUCAGCACCAGCGGGUCCACACUGGGGAAAAGCCCUACACGUGUCCCUUGUGCGGGAAAGCAUUUCGAGUGCGGUCCCACCUGGUUCAGCAUCAGAGCGUGCACAGCGGGGAGAGACCCUUUAAGUGCAGUGAAUGCGGGAAAGGCUUUGGGAGGCGUUCGCACCUCGCGGGCCAUCUGAGACUCCACUCUCGGGAGAAAUCCCACCAGUGUCACGAAUGUGGAGAAAUCUUCUUCCAGUACGUCAGCCUCAUCGAACACCAGGUGCUCCACAUGGGCCCCAAAAAUGAACAGAACGGCAUUCGCGAGGAAGCGUACAGUUGGAACCUAACGGUGAUUGAAGAUAAGAAGCUCGAGUUACAAGAGCAGCCUUACAAGUGCGAUGUGUGCGGCAAAGCCUUUCGUUACAGCUCGGACCUCAUCCAGCACUACAGGACUCAUACCGCAGAGAAAGCCGCCAAGUGUGACACGUGCCGAGAAAGCGGGGGCCCGUGUUCCCACGUGAAACCACACCCAAAAAGCUGCUCCACCCUCAAGGCCCACCAGUGUACCGAAUGCGGCAGAGGCUUCACCCUGAAGUCACAUCUGAAUCAGCAUCAGAGAAUCCACACUGGCGAGAAACCCUUUCAGUGUAAGGAAUGUGGCAUGAGUUUCAGCUGGAGCUGCAGCCUCUUUAAACAUCUGAGAAGUCACGAGAGGACAGACCCCAUAAAUGCCUUCAGUGGAUAGAGGAUUCUGGCGUAGGACGCAGCUCUUACAGAAUUUUAGCAAAGCCUUCCUGAAGAGACACCCCACUCCUGUAACAAAUGCAAUAACAACUCCAAGCAUUUUCUCCCACUUAACCAUCAAGCCUAGGGAGAUGUUGAAAUCCUUCCGCCAGAACUUAGGAAGAAUGGAGAAGCCCCAGCAAAGAAAAUCUGCUCUUCCCAUUGAGAAAUGCUUUCAUUGGCAUCUCCAUCUGUGAGAAUAUGUAGACAAGAGAACCUAGGGAUACAGUGGAUGAAGAAAAGCCUGGCACGUUUUUCCUGUGAGUCUCAGAACCCUGACACUGCAGAAAGUCAUGAAUGCAGGAGAAAUAAGCUUCAUCUGUCGUUUCCGCCUUGGUUGUCAGCUUAUCUAUUCAGGGAGGAGCACAGUGAAAGAACGAGAACUCUUCAGCAGCAUCUUGGCUUGACACCCGGGCAAUGAACCUUUUCUGGAAACAGCAGUUCCAGCCACUGGAAUGCGCCAGGUGUUGUUCCCAUCUUGAGUACUAAACCCCUGGAAAAGAGUUGACUUAAGUUAUUUAUAAAAUUUGGGCAAAAUUGAGGUUCAGAGGCUGGAUGGUGCGUAUUCUUGCUGCCUUAUUCAAUCUCCAACUUCUCCAUGAAAUACAUUCUACGUUGUUUUUUUUUUUAUUUUAGCCGCCUCUGAGGCAGGCAGAAGUACCGGGCCCAGGGGUCGAACCCAAGCCACAGCAGUGACCCAAGCCACCAUGCCAGAUCCUUACCUACGAGGCCCCAGGGAACUCCCAAACUCUACUCGUUUGUUUUAAUUCUCCUGGCAUCAAGGUUAGCUAGUAGAAAAAGAAGUCUGUACAUUCAGGAGAAGCCGUGUUGGGCAGUCACAUCUUGGGGAGAGGGGAGCAGGCCCUGAGGGGAAUGGAGCAGAGAGGACAGGCAAACUGGGGCCUGGGUUUUAUUCUGUUACCCCAGGAAUGACGGCAGCUACAUCCACAGAAGGAACUGGACCAAGUUGAAUUAAGCAUUGCGGUCCCAGCAGUGUAUGUACCAGUUCCCAGUUGCCCUGGACAUAGAUCUUCCCGUAGGAUGGUGGCAUGUAGGAUGAGUUUCGAUUGAAGUGUGGCUGGAUUUGAAAGUAAACCCGAAUCAGGAGCAAGGUCUGGUGAGCCUUGCUUUGUGGGAAGGUCUGGGACGGGGUCGUGGGGGAAAGACGGAAAAGAGGGUUAACUGAAGCCCCUUUGCUAAGUGAGGGAGAGAGGCUUGUGGGCGCUGCUGAAGCCCUGCUCCCACUGACUGCCUGGCUUACAAUAAACACCCAAUAAAUACUUGCUGACUGC